ACUGGGGGGCUGCGCCUGGCUACUGGGGGGGCUGGCGCUGCUGCAGACCCUCUACCUGCGAGCCCUGCCCCCCCCUCGCUCCCCCCCUCCCCCACCGCCACCCCCCCCCCACCCAUGCCCCCCCCUCGGGGGGUGCUGGACACCUCAGGGACCUUCCGGGUGUAUCGGGACCUCUUGGGGACCCCCCCCCGCUGGGACCCCCCCGAAUUAGUUCUGGCCACCCAUGGCACCCCAGGACGGGUGGCGGGGACCCUGGGGGGGGCUCUGGGGGGGCUCUGGGGGGGGCCGCUCUCGGUGGCUGUUUUUGGGGUACCCAAGGAGGGCUUGGGGGGGCUGUUGGCAGCUUUGGGGGGGCCCUGCCGGGGCUUACGGCCUCGCUUACGCUUCCACGUGGUGGUGGGGGCGGCUGCGCCCCCCCCCGUCGUACCCCCCAACCCCGGCCCCCCAACGCCGGGGGGAUGUCGGGGGGCCCUACGGCGUCUGGCGGCCGCCGACCCCCCCAGUUACACUUUGGGGGUGCCGUACCCCGGGAAUUUAUUGCGGAACGUGGCCUGGGCGGGGGCGGCGGAGGAGGAAAGGGGGGGCCCUUCCCGGAAGGGGGGUCCCGGCCCCCCCAAAAUUGGGGGUCGCUUCGUGCUGCUGUUGGACGCCGACGUGGUGCCCAGCCGGGGGCUGCGGGAGGAGUUCCUGAGGCUGCUGCGGGAGGGGGGGGCCGGGCUGCGCCCCCCAAAAUGGGGGGCUGGCGGGGGGUUGGGGGACCCCCUGGUGAGGGGGGCUGCGGGGGUCUUGGGGGACCCCCCAGCUGUGGGGGCUGCAGGAUUCUUGGGGGACCCCCCAGGGCUGGGGGCUGCAGGGCUCUUGGGGGACCCCAAAGCUUGGGGGGCUGCAGGGGUCUUGGGGGACCCCCGGACACGGAGGGCUCCUGGUGGCCUCGGGGUCCCCGGUGACCCCGGGGUGCUCAACGCCCUGGAGGUCCCCAACGGGCUGGGUGUCCCCAGCGUCCCGGGUGUCCCCAACACCAUCAGCAACGGGGGUGUCCCUCACGCUCUGGAGGUCCCAAAGGUCCCCAACGCCUUCCGUGACCCAGGUGUCCCCAACGCCUUGGAGGUCCCCAAGGGUUUCCAUGACCGAGGUGUCCCCAACGCCCUGGAGGUCCCCAACGCCUUGGAGGUCCCCAAGGGUUUCCAUGACCGAGGUGUCCCCAACGCCUUGGAGGUCCCCAACGCCUUCCGUGACCGAGGUGUCCCCAACGCCUUGGAGGUCCCCAGGGGCUUCCAUGACCGAGGUGUCCCCAACGCCCUGGAGGUCCCCAACACCUUGGAGGUCCCCAAGGGUUUCCAUGACCCAGGUGUCCCCAACGCCUUGGAGGUCCCCAACGCCUUCCGUGACCGAGGUGUCCCCAACGCCUUGGAGGUCCCCAAGGGUUUCCGUGACCGAGGUGUCCCCAACACCUUGGAAGUCCCCAACGCCUUCCAUGACCCAGGUGUCCCCAACGCCUUGGAGGUCCCCAACGCCUUCCAUGACCCAGGUGUCCCCAACGCCCUGGAGGACCCCAACUUUUUGAAACACCCCAAAGCCCUGGAGGACCCCAACCCCCCAGGUGCCACCACGCCAUCCUGGGACCAGGUGGUGUUCGUGCUGCCGGCCUUCGAGGUCCGUGCGGGGACACGGGUGCCGGGGACGAAGGCGGAACUUCUGCAGCUGUGGGGCACGGGGGACGCCCGGCCCUUCUAUGGGGCGCUGUGCCCCCGGUGCCAAGCACCCACGGGCUACGAGCGCUGGCGGGCGCUGCCACCCACCCCGCACCUGCGCGUGGCCUACGAGGCCCCAUGGCGUGACCCCUGGGAGCCCUUCUACGUGGGGCCGGCCCACGGCGUGCCACCCUUCGAUGAGCGCUUCCUCCAGUACGGCUUCAACCGCAUCAGCCAGGCAUGCGAGCUGCACGUGGCCGGCUUCCACUUCGCGGUGCUGGACGGGGCGUUUGUCGUCCACCGUGGCUUCAAGGAGGCCGGCGGCUUCCACGGUGGGCGGGAGGCCGAGCUGCACCGCAACCGGCAACUUUUCCGGCGCUUCCGCGCCGAGCUGCACCAGCGCUACCCCCGCUCGCCCCGCCGCUGCUGACCGCACGCCUGGGUGCCCUCCGCCCGGACGCCGCCUCUCCGCG